GCGACUAAGAAGAGGAACCGAGGAGGAGACAAAGCUGUCGUCAAGCGGAAGAUGACUGGUCAUAAAGCAGCACAUAAUACUGCUGGAGAACCGACUGCAGCGUCUGAGGAGGAAGCUGUGAAGAUAGCUGGCGUGAAAGCGGAGAAGAUCAAGGCCGACGAGUUGCAGAAGGAUGCCGGCUCUUCUUGGGUGUCCGAGAUGACCCCGACGAACUGCUUGGAAGUGUUGCGGAUGAUGACGCAGUUGUCAGUGGUGGAGAGAAGCAAACAUGUCCCUGGAGUGUUGGCCAAGUUGGAGACAAUGAUUUCUAGUCAGAACGAAAUGGGUCGUGUCUCCAUAUUGAAAUACGUGAUUCUGUGGGCAAACUUCAGUGCUGGCCAGGGCGGUAACCUGGCGGCGUUUAGGCACUUCAACGACGCGAUGGUGGAAUGA